CGGGUGCUCUUAAGUGGUGCACAAGACUCGCUCGCCGGAUGUUGACGGUCUCACACGUUGCUGCUCAGAGUUGGAGGAAGUUUCUAAUCAAUGUAGCUUUGUUUUCCGCUCAACCAAACCUCGCAUUAUUAAAUCAGGAUGUCGGCGUCGUUGAUCAGGAGAGGACUGGAGCUGCUGAGCGACGAUGUUAAAGAUGCCAGUAAAGCGAAGAAGAAGCAGAAGCAGCAGCAGACACCCAGCUCGGCCACGGCGAUGAAGCUGGUGAGCACAAACCGGCAGGGAGUCACCAAGCAGGUCAAGAGGCUGCAGGGUCGUCUGGGUCCCGGCAAGAGCAAAGCUACAGUCAAAGACAAGAGGAUCAAGUCUGCAGUGGAGGAGUUCAGGAAGAAGCAGGGGAAGAGCCACCUGAGUGAUAACCUCAAGUAUUUUUUAGAAACUGGCUACAAAGCAACAGAUUCUGCCACUUUGAAGAUCCUGAACCACAACACGGGGAGACAGUCCAGAGAUCGCCCGGAGCGACCCGCCAAGAAGGCCAAGGAGCCGGAGUCUUUGUUCACAGAGGAGGAGUUCCAGCAGUUCCAGAAGGAAUACUUUGGCAGGAUGGUCGAGGAGAAGAAAUAAAGUGCACGGACACACAACAGACACUGCAGCCACAGCGGAAACACCAGGGCUGCGUUUUGUGGAUCCACUUGGAUUUCUGGAUGUUGGUUCAACUUCAAUCAGCUCAACAAUCGGACAAGAAACUUCAGAGGAGAAAUAUUUGUACCAGUUCAAUCUGUGCUGAUGUUAUGAGUACAGACACAUACUGAUGCAUUCAGGGGACAUGGGAUAUGCAGCAUUUUCCUGCCAAGAUUUUUUUCUCCAAAAUGUGUCAAUGGUGAAAAUAUUGUACUGUAUAAUAUGACAUUAUGUGUCAUUAGUUAACACCUUAAAACCAGUCAUUGGUCACUAGUCCUUUUACAAGAGAGAGUGCAGCUUAUUCAAAUGCUCUGUGCCUGAUGAUGUAGAGAAACUGCUCAAUGCGUCUUAUCACACCUUUUUUCAUUCACUUCAUUUUCACAUACUGAAAAUUAACCUUCAUCAGAAUUGUCGAGGAAACAAAUAGACACAAUAAAAGCUUUAUUUUCUUGACAUCAUUUAA